AUGCAGUUUGCCAAAAGUCCGCGAAAGCGUUGUGCUGUUUGUGUAGUAAAUGGUCUUCAAAUGUUAUUUUUAGUGGUUCCCAGAACAGUUGUUCCUCCUGUUUCUGUUGAACCUGAACCGUUGAUGUUUUUUGAUGAACUUUUUCCCCCAACAAAAAAAGAGACAACUAAAGAGAAAAAAGCGGUGAUUACUAGUCAAUGGUCUGCGGGUUCAGUUGUGAUACCGUUGGUGGUGAAUAGUAAUGGUGAGAUUGAGCGACACCGCGACUUUAGGACGUCAGAGUUCUCAACUUUAAAAGAAGCUUACGAUGCCCUUGGCCCCUUUGAGUAUGUUGUGGAGUACCCUGCGUUAUUUGGUUGUUUACUGUUAGACAAGGUUUACAUUCUCGUUGCCACUAAAGUGGAGGAAGCCGCUUCUCUGCCAUUUGGUGGUUCUAUUCUUCGAGUUUUGGAAACAGAGUGGGUGCCUUUUAAUAUUCCAGGGGCCGCACCGUUGCGAGUGACACCAACCGAUAGGACGAGAUUGAAAGAGUUUCAGCGGUACAGUUAUGAACGAGGAUACUUUUACUCGGAUGAUGUGGAUUUGAUGAAACCAUUUCCAUUUGCGUCAUCCAGUGUGAAUGAAGUACCGGAGUUUUACUGUGAUUGGUCUAAACAAUUACGGCAACCAUUUCGUCUUCAUGAUGUUAGUCACGGUUGCUCUAUUCUCAUUCGUGGCUAUGCAGAAGGAAAGAAUGUUCACCUACAAGGUGGAUCUAUUCUUCAUUUAUUACUAAUUGGUCGACAAAAUAAUCUUAAUCCUGGUCCUAGAUACCUUGGUAGAGGACUGAAUGGAAAUAAUGCAGUGGGUAAUGAUCAUAUUUACGAGUACAUUAUGUGGAAACAGAAUGAUGAUAAAUCUUUUUCAUUCGCAAAACAUACAAUUCUACGAGGUACCAUUCCUGUACAUUGGCAAACUCGAAUAAAUGCAACCAUUUCAGAACCUUCAAUGAUAUUUAGUCCAAACAAGGAUGAUGUUCUUCGAGGAAGUGAUAGGUAUUUUGAAUCUGUAUUAAGACAAUUGGCAACUUUAAUAAAAUAUGAUUCUGGAGAUUCAUCUAUUAAAACAGGUCCAUUUUUACGAUGUAUUAAUUUACUUCGACAAAAUCCUCAAAGUAAUGAAGGUGUUCUGGCAAGAUAUUUUGUAGAAGCCGUUAGGAAAUCCGAUACCGCCAUUCGAUCUAUUUUUCCAAAUGGUCAUCUUGAUCUUGUUCAUGUGGAUUGGCUUAAUUUAGUAAAAGACUAUGGUAUUGAUGUGGCGACAAAAACUCUUUGGGAGUGUUCCUUAACUUUUUUGGCUCCUGAGAACUGUGAUGCACUCCUCACUAUUGGUUGUAUACAUCCUGAUGGAAGUGUAACCCGAUCGGCUUAUCAAAAUCGCUUUGUGCGUGUAAAUUGUGCAGAUUCUUUAGAUCGAACGAAUCUUGGGUGUUUUUUUACUUCGUUUCAAGUGUCUAUAGUUAUGCUACAAUCACUUGGAAUUAGUUUAGGAAGUUUUUUGGACCAAAAACAAUUGCCAUCUUUAGAUGGUCAAGAGGAUUUUUAUAAUGAUGGGUUCUCUUCAUUUUCAUUGCCUUUGGCAGGAACCAAAACUGUACUUCCCAAACCUUUUGUAAAUUCAUGGUUUGAGGCAAGAAACCCAUCUAUUUAUCCUGUUGCUGUUGGUAGAGUACUUUCUGAACUGUAUGUUUAUAAUGGGGAUGUAGUUGCACAGUUGUAUACAAACUCUGCGGCCAUGCAUGGAAACAUUUUGCGAGGUAUAUGUGGAUUAAAAGCAACUGCUUCUAAUAUGGUUAUAGCAACACAACGGAUGUUUGAAAAUGUUUUUGAGGAUGCAAAAAAGUUUAGAAUUGUUGAACUUUUGCUUGGUCGAAAUAAAGAUAUUCACUUUCCUUCCAUGAGUAAAGUAUUUCUUACACGUCCUGUACCGAUAGAAAAAUGGAAGUGCGCACUUAUUGCAUUGGGAGUUCCUCCGACUGUGACAUUACCGGAAUUGGAAGACUCUGUUCGACGAGCAUGGGAUGAAUUAGUUUUGCCUAAACUUCCCUCUGCGGGAUUUCCCUCCAUUCCAAGUAGUGCAUUAUGUUUUACGGUCUCAGCUGAAGAAGAUGAAGUUGAAUCCUAUAAUGAAUUUGUUACUGCAGUAAGUCAAAUAGCAUUUGAGAAGCCACCACCAACGGAAGAAGAUAUUAGUUUACCACAGCAACACGAACAAAUAGCCAUUAUUCAAUUUGAUUCCGAUUUGUGUGCUGCAAUGGAUGUUCCCAAACUUCUUUUGGCAAAUGCCAUGUUAAGGAUUAAGGACUCUAACGUUAUUCUUGCUCAAUAUGGAUACCCCAUCCAGGGAAUUGAGGGUGAUUCCUCAGGCAUCGUCCAAAAGGCAGCAAGCUCCUUGAAGACUGGACUAAAAAAAUUUGUAAGAGGAUUGAAUAAUUAA